UAAAUAGGCGGUCAUAUUAUUUUAUUAGUAGGUCUCCGAAAGUAAAAUGAGUUCAUAUAUUGAUCCUGACUAUUCUAUAGGUCGCAACCUGCGACAGAGACAAAGGAGAAUAGGCGUUUCUAACGCAAAUGAAAGAAUAGAUUCAGACAAAAAUAAAAGAAAAGGAAAGAAAAAAGGGCAAUGCUUCGGAAAAAAUAGCGCGUAUGAUGAAUAUGGAAAUAUACGCAUCAACGGCCUAGACAUUUGCGACUGCUUAAAUAAAGAAUGUGAAGGUUGUUGGUUUGAGUGCCGUAGUUGUGGCUCUACCAGAUGUGGUCCUCAAUGCCGCUCAAAUCGAAAGUUCUUCUACGAGGGCAUUACAUAUGAUGGAAAAGACUUAUCUAUACAUAAUAAAUAUAUUCCAAAAUAAAAUAGUGAAUAAUUCUAUAGCUACACAAUUGAAUGAAUCGAACAAAACAACAAACUUUUAUAACUAUGUAUAUAUGUAUGUAUGUAUAUCCGGUUAUAUCUAAUAAAAUACCAUUUAAUCGACAAGAA